AAAAAGGCACGCAGCAGCGCCCGAUCGUCAUUUCGCGUUACUGUCUACUUGCUGUUCACUCAAUUAUUACAUCGUCUAUAGCUUCGCUUCAAACACGAUGGAGUUUGUGAAAAUUAUGAUAUUGCUGAUGGCCGUCGUUAUGCCGAUCAUACAUUCAUUACCAACCCAGACAACACCCUCGGAAUUACAAGAUGGUGCAGAAGGCAACACAAAUUCUCGAAAAAAGAGGUGUGGUCAUGGUGGAUCGGAUACAACAACAACAACAGAAAAAUUUAGAGACUGGGACUUUGAACACCCUCCAAAAGAGGGAGACCCUGCAGACCCUAUUCACAAGGAUAAUCGACUUUUGCCACAAAAACGAGAUAUUAAGAAUGGACGCGGUCGUGGUCAGGUUGCAAUGCUUAAGGAAGUAUUAAGUUCUCUACUAAAUAUUGUUCGGCAUACACCUAGGAUUGGUAGUCUAAUAUUUAGAGAAAGAAGAUCGGCGGAUAAGGACGACAACAAAUCUAAAAGUAACGAAGAAGAGGCAGCUAGCCUUCAAUGAUGCCUAUCCUCACUGGCUGGCACACCGAUAUUAAUGGAACCUCAUUCGAAUCGCGCAAGAAUGAACGUCUUUCACCUAAAACUAACAAUAGCACAUAUUAUAAAUAUUUAUUUUUUUCACUUAUUUUUAGUAUAAUUUGAAAUUUUUCAUUUUAUAAUCAAUUUUUAAAUAAUCAUUAUCAUUUUGUUUUCACAUA